UAUAAGAAGCUCCUGAGUCCAGAUUACCCAGCAUGCUCUGAGAGGGAGGUGGAGGAUGAGGAGGAUCAGAGCAGUGUCAGAGAGGGAGUGCUGAAGAUCACACUGCACUUCCUGAAGAACAUGAAGCACACAGAUCUCGCUAACACACUGCAGAACAAACUCGUCUCUGUGCACCAGCAAAAUCUCAAAUCCAAACUGAGAGAGAAAUGUAAAAGAAUUACUGAAGGAAUCUCACAGCAUGGAAGCUCAGCACUUCUGAAUGAGAUCUACACAGACCUCUACAUCACAGAGGGUUGGAGUGGAGACGUCAAUAAUCAACAUGAGGUGAGACAGAUUGAGACAGUGUCCAGGAGACCAGCAACACAGGAGACACCCAUCAAAUGUAAUGAUCUGUUUAAAGACAAGUCCAUCAGAAGUGUGCUGACUAAAGGAGUUGCUGGAAUUGGAAAAACAGUCUCUGUGCAGAAGGUCAUUCUGGACUGGGCUGAAGGAAAAGCAAAUCAGGACGUCACCUUCAUGUUUCCACUUCCCUUUAGAGAGCUGAAUCUGAUGAAGCAGAAACAUUUCAGCCUGAUGGAUCUUCUUCAUCACUUUUUCCCAGAAAUAAAAGAAGUACAAUUAAUAGACUGUGAGAGGAAUAAAGUGGUGUUGAUCUUUGAUGGUCUGGAUGAGUGUCGACUUCCUCUAAAUUUCCAGAACAAUGAGAGAUUGUGUGAUGUGACAGAAUCAGCCUCAGUGGAUGUGCUGCUGACGAACCUCAUCAAGGGGAAUCUGCUUCAUUCUGUUCUCCUCUGGAUCACCUCCCGACCAGGAGCAGCCAAUCAGAUUCCUCCUGAGUGUGUAGACCAGGUAACAGAGGUACGAGGGUUCAGUGAUCCUCAGAAAGAGGAGUACUUCAGGAAGAGGAUCAGUGAUCAGAGCCUGGCCAAUAAAAUCAUCACACACAUGAAGUCUUCCAGAAGCCUCUACAUCAUGUGCCACAUCCCAGUCUUCUGCUGGAUCUCAGCCACUGUUCUAGAGAGAAUGUUGGGUGAAGCAGAGAGUGGAGAGAUCCCCAAGACUCUAACUCAAAUGUUCACACACUUCUUGAUCUUUCAGAUCAAAAACAAGCACCAAAAGUACAACCAGAAAUGUGACCCUGAUCCUCAGCAGACCAGAGAGAGUAUCCUGGCACUGGGAAAACUGGCUUUCCAACAGCUGGAGAAAGGAAACCUGAUCUUCUAUGAGGAAGACCUGAGAGAGUGUGGCAUUAAUGUCAGAGAAGCGUCAGUGUACUCAGGAGUGUGUACUCAGAUCUUCAAAGAGGAGUUUGGGCUUCAUCUGGGGAAGGUGUUCAGCUUUGUACAUCUGAGUGUUCAGGAGUUUCUGGCUGCUUUAUACACAUUUCUCUCAUUUAUCAACAAAAAGAUUAAUAAACAUCAAAACAACAAUCUCUCAGAUCUUUUUACCGAAUUGAACAUGGGUGAUUUCCUGAGGAGUGCAGUGAAAAAAGCCUUACAGAGUGAGAAUGGACACCUGGACCUGUUCCUCCGCUUCCUUCUGGGUCUCUCACUGGAGACCAAUCAGACUCUCUUACAAGACCUACUGCCCCAAACAGGUAGAAGCUCUCAAAGUAAACAGGAAAUAGUUGAGUAUAUCAAGAACAACAUCAGAAAGAAUCCAUCUCCAGAGAAAUCCAUCAACCUGUUCCACUGUCUGAAUGAACUAAAUGAUUAUUCUUUAGUAAAGGAAGUACAAAAUUACCUGAACAAAGGAGAUUACUGGUGUCUCAGGGGAGUCAGACUCUCUCCUGCUCAGUGGUCUGCUCUGGUGUUUGUGUUGCUGAACUCAGAAGAGAAUCUGGAUGAGUUUAAUUUGAGGAAAUACGCCCCAUCAGAGGAAAGUCUUCUGAGGCUUCUGCCAGUGGUCAAAGCAUCCAAAAAAGCUGUGUUGUGUGGGUGUGAUCUCACAGAGAAAAGCUGUAGAAUUCUGUCCUCAGUUCUCAGUUCAAACUCCUCCAGUCUGAGAGAACUGGACCUGAGUGUGAAUAAGCUGCAGGAUUCAGGAGUGAAGCUGCUCUCUGCUGGACUGGAGAAUCCACACUGUACACUGGAGAUACUGAGGCUGUGUGAGUGUAAUCUCACAAAGGAAAGCUGUAGAAUUCUGUCCUCAGUUCUCAGUUUAAACUCCUUCAGUCUGAGAGAACUGGACCUGAGUGAGAAUUACCUGCAGGAUUCAGGAGUGAAGCUGCUCUCUGCUGGACUGGAGAAUCCACACUGUACACUGGAGAUACUGAGGCUGUGUGAGUGUAAUCUCACAGAGGAAAGUUGUAGAAUUCUGUCCUCAGUUCUCAGUUCAAACUCCUCCAGUCUGAGAGAACUGGACCUGAGUGGGAAUAACCUGCAGUAUUCAGGAGUUAAGCUGCUCUCUGCUGGACUGGAGAAUCCACACUGUACACUGGAGAUACUGAGGUUGUGUGUGUGUAAACUCACAGAGGAAAGCUGUAGAAUUCUGUCCUCAGUUCUCAGUUCAAACUCCUCCAGUCUGAGAGAACUGGACCUGAGUUACAAUAACCUGCAGGAUUCAGGAGUGAAGCUGCUCUCUGCUGGACUGGAGAAUCCACACUGUACACUGGAGAUACUGAGGUUGUGUGAGUGUAAUCUCACAGGUGAAAGCUGUAGAAUUCUGUCCUCAGUUCUCAGUUCAAACUCCUCCAGUCUGAGAGAACUGGACCUGAGUGAGAAUAACCUGCAGGAUUCAGGAGUGAAGCUGCUCUCUGCUGGACUGGAGAAUCCACACUGUACACUGGAGAUACUGAGGCUGGAACGCUGCAGUAUUUCAGGUGAAGGUUGUGCUGCUCUGGUUUCAGCUCUGAGGUCAAACACCUCAUCACACCUGAGAGAACUGAAUCUGAACUACAAUAAAGCAGGAGAAUCAGGAGUGAAGCUGCUCUCUGAUCUACUGAAGGAUCCACACUGUAAACUGGAGACACUACAGAUCUGAUCUGAGUCUCACACACAGAGGAUUAUGAGGAGAAACUCUUACAAAAACACAAACA